AUGUUCAUAUCCCCUCGCCGAAACCUGAAGACCCUCCCUUCCUUCUCCCUUGAAAACAAAACAUGUGUUGUGACUGGAUCUGCCCGAGGAUUGGGAAAAGAGUUCCUCACCGCCUUUGCUCUCUCCGGUGCCAAAGGAGCUUGCAUUGACCUGUCGUUGAAGGAUUGCGAAUCAUCUAUCGCCUCGAUAACCUCUCAAGUACGAGAUGCGUACCCACAUGACCCAGUCCCAGAACUUCGUGCCUAUGAGUGCAACGCCACGAUCGAGUCAGAUGUGAAGACAACAUGGGCAAAGAUUGUGGAGGACUUUGGGAAAGUCGAUGUUCUUGUCACCGCGGCUGGAAUUGUAGAUAACGUCGAGGCUGAGAAUUAUGAAUACGCCCGCUGGCGAAAGAUGAUGGACAUCAACAUUGAGCAAGUUAUCCCAUGCGGCUCGUGGCUUUUCGCCCGUGAAGCUGGCAAGCACAUGCUCCAGCACAACAUCCAUGGCUCUAUAAUCUUGAUUGCGUCGAUGUCUGCAACGAUCUGUGUCCGCCCUCAAAAACAAGCCGCAUAUAACGCCUCCAAAGGCGCCGUGCAGAUGCUCUCCAAGUCGCUGGCGACAGAAUGGGGCCCGAGAGGUAUCAGAGUCAAUAGUCUUAGCCCAGGUUACAUGAAGACGGAUCUGAUAAAGGGGUUGCUGGAAAAUGAAGGGAAAGAGCUCGUGGGCAGCUGGGAGAAAGACAUUCCGAUGGGAAGGAUGGCCGAACCGCACGAGUUGAGGGGCACGAUCGUUUGGAUGGCCAGUGAAGCGAGCAGUUAUUUGAAUGGAAGUGAUGUGGCUGCAGAUUGUGGAUGGCGGCUAUACUUCCUGGUGAUCAAGAUGGCCAUGGAGCAGGGUAGACCGGAUUAA